AUGUCUCUAUGGAGUGGAAAUGAGCAGUUGUUAUGCAAAGUGUUCCCUUCGACAAUUGGGGAAAUAGCAUCAGAUUGGUUCCUUAAACUGCCAAAGGGAUGCAUCAAGAAUUAUGAAGGACUGGCUGAGAUGCUCGACUCCCUGUUGGCCUUGAAGAUUGACAAUGGUGAAAGCCUUAGAGCUUACGCAAAGAGAUACUAUGAAGUUUACAAUCGGAUACCGACUUGUAACCAGGAACUUGCAAUCGUGUCUUUUAAGAACAGCUUGGAGAAUGAUUGCCCUCUUUGGCAAUCCCUUGCAAAGACCCUCCUAAAAAGCAUGGAGGAUCUCAUGGCAAGGAUCAAGAAGUAUGCAAGGGUGGAGGAAGACAAAAAAACAAAGAAGGUGAGUGUAGUGAAGCAAGAGAAGAGAAACGACAUAUCAAAGCGCAGUCGAGGAAAUAACGGCAUUGACAAGCCGAAACAUGGAUUGAGGGUUACGCAGGCCAUGAGCACAGUUUUAAAGAUCUCGAUCUAUAGGAUCUUGGAGAAGAUCAAGAAGCAGCCCUACUUCAGGGCACCGCAGAAGACCUCGGAGGAGUACAUGGACAGGAACCCCGGGAAAAAUUGUGCCUACCAUGAUGAGAAUGGACACAUGACUCAAGGGUGUUGGACUCUAAAGAAACACCCGGAGGACCUGGUUAGGCAUGGACACCUAAAAGACUUGAUAGAUGAAACAAAGACAAGAUAG